AUGUCGUUAUUUAUCUUACCCUUAUCUCGUAACAUCUGGUUCAUUGCAGUUCUGUCUUCUGCUGACGGUUUCUUCGUGGACACUGCUCAACCAAUUAUCUUCCAGAAUCCAGACGGCAGCUUUGGAUACCAAGUUGUGCAGCUGGGUCAGAGGGUGAUUGUGAGUGCUCCCCUUCAACGAGAUGGCGUGAAUAAAACCGGAGCUUUGUAUAGCUGUGAUCCUUCAACAUCAAGCUGUCAACGAGUUCCUAUUAAUGGCUCUCCUGAGGAUAUUAAGAUAUCACUUGGACUUACUAUGGUGACUCAGGAGAGAAACCCGUCCCAGUUACUGGCAUGUGGCCCAACCCUGCAGAGAACCUGUGGGCAGAGCAUCUAUGUAAUGGGCCGGUGUUAUCAGCUGGACAGUAGCCUGAGGCACCAGCAAACUCUCCCCCCCUCCCUGCCAGAGUGCCCUGUGCGCAGCCUGGACAUUGCCUUCCUCAUAGAUGGAUCGGGGAGCAUUGACCCAGAUCAGUUCCAAGAGAUGUUAACGUUUGUGUCAAAAGUAAUUGAGGAUUUUGAGGGGACCGACACGCUGUUUGCCAUCAUGCAGUAUUCCAAUUUGUUUACCGAACAUUUUAAUUUCAAGAAGUUCUCAGCUGCAAGGGACAAGAGACGCCUGAUAUGGAGCAUCACUCAGCUACGUGGCACCACCUGGACUGCUACCGGCAUUCAGAAAGUUCUGAGAGAGCUCUUCAUCCCUAGCAGUGGCUCUCGUCAUGGAUCCCAGAAGUUUCUUAUUGUGAUAACUGAUGGAGAAAAAUAUGGAGAUACACUCGAUUACUCAGGGCCCAUUGCUGAGGCAGAAGGCAUGGGAGUUGUGCGCUUCGCUAUUGGGGUUGGAGGGGCCUUCAGAAACAGUAAAGCACUUAAUGAGCUGAAUACUAUUGCAUCUAAACCAUCUGAUAAAUAUGUCUACAAAGUCAGUGACUUCUCUGCUCUUAGCAAGUUCCGGAAGGAUCUGCAGGACAAGAUAUUUGCUAUUGAAGGUGUGCAGGUAAAUACUGGAAGUGGCUUUCAAAUGGAGAUGUCUCAAGACGGGUUCAGCUCAGUUCUAUCAGCAGAUCAUAUUGUGCUUGGGGCAGUUGGGGCCUACGACUGGUCAGGGGGAGCUUCUGUGUACGCAAAAGGGCAGAUGAAGGGCGUCUGGAUAAAUGAAACACAAGAUCAAAAAGACAUGAAGGCAGCUUAUAUGGGGUAUGCAGUGCAUCAGUUGUCAGCAAAACUGAUCGCCAUUGGUGCACCAAGAUACCAACACACUGGGAGUGUCCUCAUCUACCAGAAAGACCUGUACUCGUCCAACUGGAACCAGAGGGCUGUUAUUAGGGGAGAGAAGAUUGGUUCAUACUUUGGAUCGGUGCUGAAUGGAGGCUCUGUCAACUCUGGUUCUUCCCAGGUUCUCCUUCUGGUGGGGGCACCAACCUAUUAUACUCCUGACACCCCAGAAGGUCGUGUGUUCCUAUGUCCCAUUCAUACCAGGACUUCAGUAACCGUCUCCUGUCCCAUCGCUCUGCAAGGGGACCCUACUCAGUACUUUGGCCAUUUUGGUUCUGCCAUGUGUCUUCUGCCAGAUUUGACCGGAGACAACCUGAUUGACCUGGCCGUGGGUGCACCGUGUGAAAACCAAAACCAAGGAGCAAUAUACAUAUUUCCGGGACAGAAGGGGGGCUUUAGAACAGCUUACAUUCAGCGCAUUGCAAGCAGUCAGGUUGCUAAAGGCCUCAUGUUCUUUGGAAGGUCAAUGAGUGGGAAUCUGGAUAUGACUAGAGAUUCACUGCCGGAUCUGUCCGUAGGGGGUGCGGGGAAAGUCCUCAUACUCAGGUCUAGGACAGUUGUUGGAGUCUCAGUGUCCAUGACUUUUAACCCCGCUGAGAUUCCAAUAUCCUCCUAUGAGUGCCCAGAUGCUGAUACGACAAAGGCAGCAACAACUAUCGUAGUGUGUGUGACCUGCACAAGGAAGAGCCCAGCCGGAGAAGUCUCUGCCCAGAUGACAUACACUCUCCUGUUGGAUGCGGGUCGCGUUCAGAAGCGGGCUGUGUUUCCUGGAAAAGAACAUUCGCUGCAGCAAACGUUUCCACUAAGACAGGGCCGUAACUGUAUCCCAUACCCUAUAACACUGCCUGAGUGUGUGGAGGACUCCCUCUCCCCUCUCAGUGUUGCUCUUAGUUUCACCUUAACUGGACAAUCUGUGCUCAGUCAGGAUUCACCUACCAGCCUCUCGGAACAGGUCUCAUUUCAGAAGAACUGUGGGAGUGAUGGGCGGUGCCAGGAUGAUCUAAGGAUCAACGCCACUUUUGGAGAUCUCAGACACCUUGUGGUGGGGGUGUCUCUUGAGGUAAAUGUCAUCCUCUCAGUUCAAAACCAUGGGGAAGAUUCUUACAACUCUCGAGUUAUUAUAACAUUCCCAUCAGGACUGUCCUAUAGGAUGGUGUCUCUUAUCCAGAGCAACAGGCGCCUGAUGACAAUUAAAUGUUCUACUCCUGAGGGUGAGAGAUAUGUUAUCUGCGGUAUUAACAACCCCCUGUUGAGACCCAAUGCUACGGCCACCUUCUUGGUCAGUUUCCAUGUCUCUUCAUUGGCUGAUCUGGGAAAACGUUUGACCAUUACGACCAAUGUUACCAGUGACAAUGGAGGAGCACCCAAUAAUCUAAUGAAAUCAACUGCAGAAUUAAAAGUGUUGUAUGGAAUCUAUGUGACUAUCACCAGCCUUGAAGAAUCCACCAAGUACACAAACUUCUCCUUGUCAGGAAGAAGUCCCAUAGUACGUGAAGUGAAGCACAUGUACAAGGUUGGGAAUCAAGGGCAGAGGUCGUUGCCAAUAUCCAUUAUUUUCAUGGUUCCUGUGAAGCUGAAGGAGACUGUUGUGUGGGAGAAACCAGUUAUCACAAUCUCAGAGGAAGGUCUUAGCAACAGUACCACUAGCUGUACCAAUACUGGGGAAAUAACCAAUACACAAGAGUUCCAGCAGCAGAACGAAGUCCGUCCAGUCCUGAACUGCACCGUGAUGACGUGUCUCAGGUUUGUGUGUAGCAUCAACAGUUUGGACAUCCAUAAAUCAAUCAAUUUUACGAUCACUGGGCAAGUGACCAAAGACUGGGCCACCCAGACUGCCCACCAGAAAGUUCUGCUCCAAAGUUCUGCGGAAAUUAUGUAUGACUCGGAGAGAUACCAGCACAUCCUAGAGCAGAACCAACCAUUCACCAGAGCUCAGGCCCAGACGGUGCUGGAGGUAUUCACUGAGUACAACUACCUGCCUGUGAUUAUUGGGAGCAGUGUGGGGGGCUUGGUGCUUCUGGCUCUGAUCACCGCUGGGUUGUACAAGGUGGGGUUCUUCAAGCGUCAGUAUAAAGAGCUGAUGGAAUUACCAGAAGGAGAAACUGUAGGAGGUGAAGAGCCUACAAUGGAGGCCCAAUCUGAGCAGAAGCAAACGCAGUAGGGCAAUAAUCUCACACCAGAUUGGGCAAGGACUGUGUAUAUUUGGAAAUGGUGGGGUCAUCUCAGUCAUCUCUUCAAUACUGUUUGAAGAUAAUAAUAGGCUUUUGUUCAUUGUACAACUUGGAAUACAUGUUAUUUAUCCAUGUAUUUUUAUAUACAACAUAUUACAUGCUGGAAGGUUAGCUUGGUCCUGAACAUCUGAAUGGUCGUCAUGUUAGGGAUGCACUGAAUUCUGGAUAUGAUUGGGGAUUCACCCAAGCAGGGCUGGAACUAGGGGUAGGCAAAAGAGGCACAUGCUUAGGGCACAACACUUUGGGGGUACAGGGAACGAACAUCUUCUGCCAAAGUUACCCCUAGUUUUGGCCCUUCUUUACCUCCAGAAGCUUCGUAGAAAACUUUGCGCCCUAUCAGAGAAAGGCAGAGGCAGAACAAAAUGGCUUGCUUGAUCUCUCCCAAACUCUCGCAAGAGUUCAGGAAAGCUGUCAUGUCCGCCUCUACCUGUCUCCCGUGGGGCGCAGUGAAUCAAUUGCCUUCCCUAGGGCACAAUAGUGAUUAGGCCUACCCCUGCACCCAAGCCUAGCAGUAUUCGGAUUCAUCCAAAUCCUGUGUUCAUCCAAACUGAAACCUUCAAAUUCAUGUGACUUUAAGCUCUGGGUGGCCAGUUAGUGUGAGAUAUGGGGUAAGUUCUUUUUUGCUGCCCUUGGAACCCCUGGAACUAUAACAGGGAGUUACCCCAAUGUUUCUAUAUAUCUGUAACCUUGUUAUGG